AUGUCAACUUACGACUUGGAAAUGAAAUUGAAAACGGAACUGUCAGCUGCAAAGCAAGAUGCCUCUGAGGAACUAGCCAGCCUUGUCCUGGUAGAAGGGUUCCUGUGGGAUGGUCUGGGGAGCUCUAAGGGUGGAGAUGCCGAGGGGCCCCGGGAACAGAGCUGUGAGAGCCUGGAUGGCCGUGGGGUGCAGGCGGCCUGCACACCGGUGAAGACCUCUGUUCAGCGGCAGCAGCCUGGGAAUGGGUUUGGGGAAAACUUCACUCUGAGCCCUGAUCUCCCAAGUCAACCCGUGACUCCUGAAAAACAAGACCCUCGUGCAUGGAGAAGGCACAGAAAAAAGGAGAAUCCAUGCUCAAAAACGAACGCAGAACAGAAAACCUACGCAAAAGAGAAAGCCUACAGGUGUCAGGAAUGCGGGAAAGGCUUCCGAAACAGCUCGGCACUCACCAAACACCAGAGAAUCCACACGGGCGAGAAACCCUACAGGUGCACGCAUUGUGGGAGGGCCUUCAACCAAACGCCCCCGCUGAUCCAGCACCAGAGAACUCACACGGGCGAGAAGCCCUACGAGUGCAGAGAGUGCGGCCAGGCCUUUAGCUUUCGGUCCUCCUUCAGCCAGCACGCACGGACCCACAUGGGCGAGAAGCCUUACGCGUGCAGCGAGUGUGGGAAGGCCUUCCGGCAGAGCACCCACCUCGCCCAGCACCUGCGGACCCACACGGGCGAGAAGCCCUACGUGUGUCCCGAGUGCGGCAAGGCCUUCGGCCACAGCUCGUCCUUGACGAAGCACCAGAGAAUCCACACCGGGGAGAGGCCCUACGAGUGCCGAGAGUGUGGGAAAGCCUUCAGCCAGAGCACACUCCUGAGCGAGCACCGGAGGAUCCACACAGGGGAGAAGCCCUAUGAGUGUAAAGAGUGAGAACACCAGAGGACCCACACCAAAGAAAAACCCUACACGUGCAACGAAUGCGGGAAGUCCUUCAGUCACAGCUCCUCCCUCGGCCAGCACGCGAGGACACACACCGGGGAAAAGCCAUACGAAUGCCCAGAUUGUGGGAAAUCCUUCAGGCAGAGCACUCACCUCACCCAGCACCGGAGGAACCACACGGGAGAAAAGCCAUACGAGUGCAGGGACUGUGGGAAGGCCUUCACACACAGCUCCUCCCUGGCCAAGCACCAGAGAACUCAUACUGGGUACAGGCACCUGCAGGAGCUGGGCCACAGGAAGCCUGCAGCCAGAGUUCAUCUCUUCCCUUCCUACGCUUGACCCAGUCAUACUCCGGGGUGAUAUCACAGACUUAUGCGUACGCCUGCACAGAUAUGAGUAGUACACAUGCUCCUCAGAUCAUUCUAACAGUAGGGAAAUGUAGGGGUGAUCAGUGUUGAAGACCUUCAGAUGCGAGUGCCCGUCAAUGCUGUAUUCUAGAAGCCACAGAAAUGAGGAUUGGGAAAAGGUAUUGGAUUUGGGCAUGACUUAACAAGAAUUCACCAGAUUCCAAACUUGAGAAUUUCAAAACGGUGAGACCCCCAACUAAUGCUGUUCAUAAAAAAGAACCAAGUGCAGUGACAUUUUACCUUUAAUGCACAUUCUGUGCUCGAGUGGGGAGACGUGCUCAUGCAUGGUGUAGCUGACACUGAUACUCCCUAUACACACCAUGGCAGUGCGCUACACGUGAGAGUGGCAUCCAUGUGCAAUCCCCAUGCACUCAACUGUCCCAGUAAGAUGUUCUGAUCUGUGUGUAAAGCAUUUGAUCAAGGUACAUGGCAAACAGCCUCACAGAUUUGAAUCCCAUAUGACAAAGUACCAAGUGUACUAUAAACAUUUUUUUAAUUUUUGUUUGUGUGUGCGUGUGUACUGUAAACAUUUUAAACUAGUUUUCUGCAUUAGUUUGCAAUAAAUCUUUAUUUGUCAUGGAAUUGAAAACUUUUGAAUAGGCCAGUGAUGGCGAACCUAUGACACGCGUGUCGGAGGUGACACGCGAACUCAUUUUUUUGUUUGAUUUUUCUUUGUUAAAUAGCAUUUAAAUAUAUAAAAUAAAUAUCAAAAACAUAAAUCUUUGUUUUACUAUGGUUACAAAUAUCAAAAAAUUUCUACAUGUGAUACGGCUCCAGAGUUAAGUUAGGGUUUUUCAAAAUGCUGACACGCCAAGCUCAAAAGGUUCGCCAUCACUGGAAUAGGAAGUCUUGAAAUGUAACUUCCAUGGAACCUUGCAGGUUCUGUGAUGGCUUUUGCUACUUUGUUCAGGCUAUAAUUAUUUUUUUUUUACAAGAUUCAUAGGAAUUAAAAAGACAGAUGAGCCCAGCCGGCUUGGCUCAGUGGUUGAGCAUCGACCUAUGAACUAAGAGGUCAUGGUUUGAUUCCUGGUCACGGCACAGGCAUGGGUUGCAGGCUUGAUCCCUAGUGUGGGGCGUGCAGGAGGCAGCCUAUCAGUUAUUUUCUUUCAUAAUUAAUGUUUCUAUCUCUCCCUUUCUGAAAUCAAUAAAAAUAUACAUUUUUUAAUUUUCCUUUUUUAAUUUUUAAAAUAGAUUUUUAUUAAUUUCAGAGAAGAAGGGAGAGGGAGAGAGAGAGAGAAACAUCAAUGAUGAGAGAGAAUCAUUGAUCGGCUGCCUCCUGCACACCCCCAAUGGGGAUGGAGCCCACAACCCAGGGAUGUGCACCUGACUGGAAUCAAACCCAGGAUCCCCUCAGUCCGCAGGCCAACACUCUAUCCACUGAGCCAAACCAGCUCGGAAUAAAAACAUAUUUUAAAAAGAUAAAAGAAAAAGACAGACGGUGCCAUUGCACAAAAAGAGCAAGGUUUUUCCUAAUUCCCGUCUCAUAAACAAUAGGAAUUCCAUGUUGUAACCUUUUAUUUUGCAAGAUCUAGUCCUUUGAUAAAUGUAAACGACAA